AUGAAAUCUAAACCACCGUCUCUCACCCUCCUCCGCCGCCUGAUAAACCUAGACUCCGCCAUCUCCCUCCACCUCUACACCCUCUUUCACCCCACCUUACCCUUCUCGGUCCUCAAAUUCCUCGAAUUCUCCGGCGAUGGACGUCUCUUUUUCCCCAUCGUUCUCUCACUCCUCUACACCACCACCUCCAUCAGCACCCUCACAACUACAUCCACCCUCACCGUCACCUCUCUCCUCCUACUAAACCUUUUACUCGGAUCCCUUUUGGACCUUCUCUUGAUUGGCCUUCUCAAACACCUCAUCCAACGCCCUCGCCCUGUUUACAACAAGAACAUGUUCCUCUCUUUCGCCGUUGACCACUGGUCUUUCCCCAGUGGGCACUCCUCUAGGGUUUCCUUCAUUGCCACCCUCAUUAGCUUUUAUUCAGCUAUAGUGGAACAAAUUUUGGUGGCCCGAUUGAAGUUUGAUGCUGAUAGUAUGCUUGUUGAGAAUUUUGUUGUGAUUGUAGGGGUAUGGGCUGCAAUUACAUCAGCUUCGCGGGUACUUCUGGGACGGCAUUUCGUGCUUGAUGUUGUGGCCGGAGCGUGUUUGGGUAUUCUUGAAGGGAUCUUCGUGAUCAGAGUUUUUAAUUACGAGAACUUGAAAUCCUUCCUUGGAUGA